AUGAGCAGCCGCUCUCUAUCCCCCAUCAGGCGUCUCAGCCACCUGAGGGGCUCCGAUGGCAGCGAGGGUGAUGAUGUUUGGCACUCAGCAUCACCAUCACUCAGAGGUUCUGAAGAGUUGAAAGACCACCACUCUCUUCCAAACAUGAUCAUCAUCUGCAGGAAUCAGAAGCAGGCAGCAGAGGGCCUCUUCUGCUCACAGGUUGGAGCACAGAGAAGGAGCCGACAGAUGGUGAAAAUGCUGACAAUUAUCUGUGUGCUACUUGCCUUACUGGCUUUCACAUUCUUCAUGGGAUCAGUGGGCCGAGAAGACAACAAUGCACAAGACUAUGAUGCUGAUGUCCUCCUCCCAUCCAAAGCUCUGUGGCUGUUCAGCUGUCUGCUGUUCUGGACUCUUUGGUCACUCCUCCGUCUCCUCCAGAUGUUUCUCUUGUUGAUCAAAGGCCUGCUGUGGUUCAUCUCUGUUACUGCGUCCCCGCUGUGUCGCUGCGCCUCCUUCCUCCUGUCCUGCGUUCUGCUGCUGCUGCAUUACACAUGUGAAGCUGUGUUUUAUGCAACCACCAGUCCUGUGUAUGUGUAUGGCAUGCUUCUCAGUGUUGCCAUUUCGCUGUACUUUUUCACCAGGUGAAAGCUGAAAUCAAUUUUUUUAAAUCUGAAGUAGAUCAUCUUUAUACAGUAUACAUAUUGUUGAGAUCAUAGUAUCAAGUGAAUACUUAAAACGAAAGUUAAUUAUAAAUCAAAUAUGAUCAAUCAUAUUCUUGUAUAAA